GAUACAUCGCCUCACGCACCGUAUUAUAUAACACGAAGACUCUCCCCCCACAGUGAUGCAUAAUUGAUUGUGUUGCUCUCUGUCAGUUAAGACACGGCUAGCAAAUGUUAUAUUACAAUUGAAAUGUAAGGUGCAAUAUGUUACUUAAAAAUGACGAAAGCUGUGUUAGGUAAUGGAAAUUUGUGAUGUGAGUAAGGAGGAACCUGAGAGAGUGAUUUGAACGUUUCAAAGAAAGUGUAAUAAGAUGAUGAGUGAUUUCCCUACACCGCCACCACCUCCUCCACUGGAGGACUACGAUCUGGACGUCCCUCCUCCACCACCGCCUCCACCCACUGAUUAUGAUAUGGAACUUCCCCCGCCACCACCUAACCCGCUAGAGGACUACGAUGAUACCCCUCCACCACCUCCGCCCCCUCCACCAGACUACAACUUUCCUUCCUCCCGCUCGGUCCCCUACAACCAGGGGCGGGGGGAGGACCUGGACCCCCCACACCCGCCCCCACCACCCACGAAGGAGGGGUAUAGAGAGCCACUGGACACAGAACGUGAUUACUGUCCGGAGCCUGACUACCAGAGCAUUGGCAGUCGCCACUCUUCACGCUCCUCUGUCACUUGCAUGACGCCUGAAGAGGGUAGCCAGACCAGCCUCAGCAUGGGCGGGCCGAGCAAUGGGAAAAGGAACAGCCCAGCUAGUGCCAGUAAGAGCAGCCGCAGGAGUGGGAGUAUUAGCAGCGUUGGGAAAGGAUGCAAAGGCGGGAGGCUUAGCAUGGGCGGCGCUCCCAAAAGCGGGAUAAAAGGACAGGGUGGGUCCAGAAUGCAACGUAGGGCCUCCUCAGCUUCUGUGGCCGCCUACACCCAGCCCUUGAUGAUGACGCAUGAAGUUCAAGAAAGUCUUUAUGGUACCGUGAGUCGUGCAACCAGGCACACCACCGACCACCACCAACGCUCUCCAGUGGAGGCGUAUGGCACCAUCCGACGGAAACACGGCAACCUCCGCAACUCCACGACCUCGCUGGACUACAUCGACCCCAUGUUCCAGAGAGCCCCAACCUCUACGUCCAGCAAAGAUAUCCGCAACGUCCAGUGGGAAGAAGGGGGAGCCACACUCAGCCGGGGAAACAGCGGACAAUCCCUGUCGAGCACCACCAGUAACAGGUAUAGGUCGUCGGGGUCGCUGGCGGGGCCUCAUGGGGAUAACACAUGCCAUUUCCGGGACCCCACCAUCCUGGAGAGGCUCAAGCCUGCCCCUAUCUUGCUGAGCGACGACGGAAUCGGGAUGGCGGGUGAACGUGUAACAAUCACUGAUGCUCUCAGCAAUGUUGACGUUUUGGAUGACUUGCCACUACCUGACCAGCAGCCUGUCAUUGAGGCACAGGCAUGCUCGGUUGUGUACAUUGCAAACUUUGAUACAAACUUUGAAGAUCGUAUGGCAUAUGUGACAGGUGUGGCUAAGUACAUGGAAGAAGCUGCUACACAUGCUGAACUGAAUAAACUGCUUGAGGAAGGAGAGCAACAUGCAGUAAUGCUGUAUACAUGGCGCUGCUGUUCCCGUGCUAUCCCACAACCCAAGUCAAAUGAACAACCUAAUCGUGUUGAGAUAUAUGAGAAGACAGUCAGAGUGCUCUCUGAUGAAGUUAAAAAAUUGACAAAAUUCAUGAACUUUCAGCGCAAAGCUAUUGAUGUCUUCUGCACCCAAGUGAAACGGCUAUGUCAUCAAGAAAAAAGAAAGGACUUUGUGUCUGAAGCAUAUCUACUGACUCUUGGAAAAUUCAUAAAUAUGUUUGCAGUUUUAGAUGAAUUAAAGAAUAUGAAAUCCAGUGUUAAGAAUGACUACUCGACUUAUAGAAGAGCUGCUCAGUUCCUGAAAGUGAUGAGUGAUACCCAGUCUCUCCAGGAGUCACAGAAUCUCUCUAUGUUCCUCGCCACUCAGAACAAAAUAAGAGAUACUCUCAAGGAGAAGCUCACUGCAAUUCCAUCAUAUGAAGAUCUUCUCUGUGAUGUCGUGAAUAUCUCAGUUCACAUGUUUGAGAACCGCAUGUACCUGACUCCCAAGGAGAAACAGAUGCUGGUCAAGGUGAUGGGUUUUGGUCUUUUCCUCAUUGAUUCAGAAAUCUGUAACAUCAACAAGCUUGACCAGAAGAAGAAGAUAAAACUGGAUAAAAUUGACAAAAUAUUUAAGAAUUUAGAAGUUGUGCCAUUAUUUGGAGAUAUGCAGAUUGCCCCCUUCAAUUAUAUCAAGAGAAGCAAAAACUUUGAUUCAAAGAUGUGGCCGAUGUGUAGUGCUUCAUCCAUCAGUCCCCAGGCUGACCUGAUGUGUCAUUUACCUCGCAUCCGUGAGGAACAUAUCAAAUAUAUCUCUGAUCUUGCUAGAUAUAGUAAUGAGGUUAUUACUACCUACAAAGAAACUGCCAGAACUGAUGCAGAAAACAAAGAUAUAGCAGAUCUAGCCCUCCGUGGUCUACAGCUUCUCAGUGAAUGGACGAGUGUUGUCACCGAGCUGUACUCCUGGAAACUACUGCAUCCAACUGAUCACCACUCUAACAAUCAUUGUCCAGUUGAUGCUGAGGAGUAUGAGAGAGCCACACGUUACAAUUAUACAGAUGAAGAAAAGUUUGCAUUGAUUGAAGUCAUCGCCAUGAUCAAGGGACUACAGGUGUUGAUGGCUCGCAUGGAGACUGUUUUUCUUGACUCUAUUCGACGCAACAUUUACCAAGAGUUACAAGACUUUGUGCAGCUCACUCUCAGAGAUCCUCUUCGUAAAGCUAUCAAAAACAAGAAAGAACUGCUGAGAACCAUCCUUGUCUCAGUGAGAGAGACAAGUGCUGACUGGAGUAAAGGAAUGGAGCCUCCUGAAGACCCAGCUCUGAAGGGCAAGAAGGAUCCAGACAAUGGUUUUGAGAUUAAGGUCCAGAGAAGAAAUGUUGGUCCUUCUUCUACCCAACUAUAUAUGGUGCGAACAAUGCUAGAAUCUCUCAUCUCUGACAAGUCUGGUGGGAAGAAAACAUUGAGGAAGGAGCUUGAUGGCCAACAUCUAUGCCAGAUUGAUGAAUUUCAUAAGACGUCAUUUUUCUGGACAUACCUGAUAAAUUUCAGCGAAACCCUACAGUAUUGCUGUGACCUCUCCCAGUUGUGGUAUCGUGAGUUCUACUUGGAGAUGACGAUGGGUCGUAGAAUACAGACGUGCACAGUGGAACACCAGCACAAUGAGGAAUGCAAAGACUUGGUGGUCAUGGAGAAGCGCAUUCAGUUUCCCAUUGAGAUGUCCAUGCCAUGGAUCUUGACUGACCACAUUCUCCGCUCAAAGGAUGCAUCAAUGAUGGAAUGUGUCCUGUAUCCACUAGAUUUAUAUAAUGACAGUGCCUAUUAUGCUCUGACUAACUUCCGGAAGCAGUUUCUGUAUGAUGAGAUCGAGGCAGAGGUUAACCUGUGUUUUGAUCAGUUUGUGUUCAAGUUGUCCGAGCAAGUUUUUGCCUAUUAUAAACAUCUUGCUGGCAGCAUUCUUUUGGAUAAACGUUUCCGAAGUGAGUGCAGUCAACACAACAUGAGAAUUCACUAUCCACCAGCAAACAGGUAUGAGACCCUCCUGAAGCAGCGCCAUGUCCAGCUCCUGGGACGCAGCAUUGACUUAAACAAGCUCAUCUGUCAGCGUAUCAAUGCAUCAAUGCACAAAUCUCUUGAAGUGGCUAUAUCUCGCUUUGAGGGAGCUGAUAUUACUUCAGUAGUGGAAUUAGAGGGCCUGAUUGAGGUGAACAAGCUGACCCAUAAACUCCUAUGCCAGUUGUUGGUAUUAGAUGACUUUGAUGCCCAACUUCGGGAAGCCAACCACAAUGUACUUGCACCUUAUGGCAGAACCACUCUUCAUGUCUUCUGGGAGCUCAACUAUGAUUUUCUCCCAAAUUAUUGCUAUAAUGCAGCAACUGGCAGAUUUGUUAAGGCAGCAGUGACUACAUUUGCUCAGGCUGUACAAAGAGAUAAACCCCCAAAUGUUGCUCCCUACAUGGUGUGGGGAAGCAAAGCACUAAAUGUUGCCUACACUACUAUAUACUCACAGUACUCUGGUUUCCUUGGGCCACCACACUUGCGGUCUAUUGUGCGUGUUUUAGGAUACCAGGGCAUUGCUGUUGUGAUGCAGGAGCUGCUUGAGAUCAUUCAUUCUCUCAUUCAGGGGAAUAUUCUUCAGUUCACUAAAACACUUCUUCAAGCUAUGCCAAAGCAGUGCAAGCUUCCCAGAUAUGACUAUGGAUCUCCAGGUGUCUUGGGUUACUACCAUGCACAGCUCAACGAUAUUGUACAGUACCCAGAUGCAAGAGCUGACCUUUUCCACCAUUUUCGGGAAUUGGGCAAUGCACUGCUCUUCUGUCUGUUAAUAGAACAAUCAUUGACACUGGAGGAAGUAUGUGAUCUUCUUCAGGCAGCACCCUUCCAAAAUAUUUUGCCCAGGCCAUUUUGCAAAGAGGGGGAGAAACCAGAAACCAAACAAAAGCGACUAGAAGCCAAAUAUGCUCCUCUUCAGAUUGUGGCCAACAUUGAAAGACUUGGAACUGCAAAGCAAGCAAUGAUUGCCAGAGAGGGAGAUUUGUUGACGAGAGAGAGGUUAUGCUGUGGCCUCUCUAUUUUUGAGGUUAUUCUAACUAGAAUUCAAGCUUUCUUGGAAGAUCCUAUAUGGCAUGGAUCCCCUCCUGCUAAUGGUGUAAUGAACGUGGAUGAAUGUACAGAGUUCCAUCGGUUGUGGUCUGCUCUCCAGUUUGUCAUGUGUAUUCCUGUUGGAACUAACAACUUCACUGUCGAGCAACUAUUUGGUGAGGGUCUGAACUGGGCUGGCUGCUGCAUGAUUGUUCUUUUGAGUCAACAACGAAGAUUUGAGGCUCUUGAUUUUUGCUACCACAUCCUUCGUGUGCAGAAAGUAGAUGGCAAGGAUGAACCAAUCAAGGGAAUUCAACUGAAAAGGAUGUGCGAUCGCAUCAGACGGUUCCAAGUACUCAACUCGCAGAUUUUUGCAGUCCUCAAUAAAUAUUUGAAAACAAGUGACCCUGAUAAUCUGCCUGUGGAACAUGUUCGCUGUUUCCAGCCACCAAUACACCAGAGUCUAGCCAACCAAACAUAUCAGCGACCAGACCACUUGCGCUGAGGAGAUUUCAACCCUUUCUAACAUUUAAACUUUAUUGUACUGUGUAGAAGAUUCUUCUCAUUAUUUCUCUCCAUUUAUCUUACCUGUUGCUUUACAUCUUCAUUUGGUGAUUUCAUUCUGUAAAUUUGAAUUUUAACAUCUACUAUAUUGGUGUGCAAGAAUUUUUAUUUGGUUUUAGGCAAGAUGUCAAGUUAGUUUUGAUGUUUCCUAAAGCUGUAUCAUAUGUGUUCAACAUUAAAUCUAAAUAACACAAGCUUAAGAAAAGAAUGUCGCAAGAUUUAGGUUCAGUAUAAAUAUUGAUAACAUUUUAUAUGAAAUGUUGGGUUCUUGAACAUUGGUUUAACAUGCUUGUAUAUAUACAGGUUGGGUAUCCUUUAUCCAAAAUGCUUGGGGCCUUAAGGAUCUCGUAUUUUGGAUUACCUAUAUCCUGUAUACAGAACCUGUACCGGGUAUAAUGCAGUAGCUCACCCAGCAGGGAUGAGGCCCAAGUCUAUGCACAAAAUUCAUUUAUGUUUCAUAUACAGUAUAUAGAUACAUAUAUUCUGCAGGUAGUUUUAUGAAAUAUAAUUUAAUCAUUUUGGGUAUAAAAUAUAUGAUAAGAUGUACACUAAAGACCCAGAAAGGUAAGUAAUCACUGCCAGCUGUUUGGCAUUGCCAUGACACCUGACUCUGAUGUGCUAAGCAGCCUGUGUCUUACCUUUAUUCAUUACACAUACAUACUUACUCUCAUGAAAAUUAUGAUAUAUGCCGUAUUCAGUGUAUUAUCUACCAUAAAUUUAAUGAAAUAGACUUUCGGAUUUCAGGGUAUUUGGACUUAAGAAUUUCGGAUAAGGGAUACGCAACCUCUACACAAUAUUUUGGCAUUCCUUAGCCAAAUUUUAUUUCAUUGUUUAUGCAUAUUCAGUAGAAUAUUUAUUUACUCCAUACAAACUGAAUAUUACAUGCUUAUUUGAUUAUCUUUCCAGUUGCUUAGAUUUUUCUUUUUAGUGGUCUGCAUCUUAUUAUUAUUAUAGGAAUAAAAUAAACCUCUUUACCCUUGUAGAUGAAGUUUGGAACAGUGUCUAAGUAAGCUAUUGAACUAAGUGAAGCUCCAUGCUCACUGUAGGUUUGAAUUCCAUUUGCUGGCCCAGCCAUAGCAACAUGUGCAAAUCUUGCUCAAGCUUAUUUUCUAUUUUGAAUUUAAUUUUUUGCUUCAUGAAACAGUUUUGUUCUGUGGUGUCUUGAUGGUUUGUUAAUGCACUUAUUUGUGUGAGUUCAAGUUGUGAAGUAUAUCAUAGAAGAAAUUAGUUAACACCAUUAAGCUUUUCAUGAUGGAAUUCUAGUUAUCAGGUUAUUGUUGAGAAAUUAAAGAAAAUAUUAUUUGGAUAUUUCUUUGAAAUAUAUAUAUACUAUAUACAGUACAGUAUAUAUUUUUUAAAUCAUCUAAUGGUAAAUAAGUUCAGUGAAAUUUGUAUCAUGGUUUAAGUACAGUAUGUGUUAUUUAUUAUUUGGAAAAGAAAUAUAUAGACUAGGAAGGAACUUUGUUUUUAUGCAUGAUGAAUCAUAUUUUCCCCUUUAAUUUGGAAUUGGAAUCUUUAAGAAAGUCUUGGUAACAACAUACCAUUAGUGCUUAAUAGUUUGAAAUUCAUUUGAGGCUGAUUAAAACCAAGGAAAAGCUCCAUGAUCUGUGGAGUUAUGAAGUUCAUGGGUAAAUGGGUCUAUAGGAGACAAUAUUCUUAUAUUAUAAUUACAUAGCUAAAUACUGAGCACUGUUGAGGUAUUUUCUUUGUGGUGCUUUUUAUACAGUCAAAUGGACAGGGAUUUUGUAUUAAUGAAGGAGCAGUACAGCAAGUGAACACCACUGAGUAAAAGUUGUUAAUAAAAUAAAACCAUUUGAUAUCUAUUAUACCACGCAACGUUUAAUAGCAUUAUGAGUGAUGCAUGCUGAUACUGAAUUCCAUCAGGAUUAUUCUUUAUUUUAAUGCUUUGAUAAUUACUUUAUAGUUAUUUUUACACUGUACUGUAUAUCCCCCCAAAAUUUUGCUGGUAAGAGGUGGAACAUAUUGUAAAUAUUCUAAAAAAAAAAUAAAUUUCUGUAACUUUUAUUGACAUAGUUAUUAUGCACUGUAAGGUAAAAUACAUCAAUGUAUAUAAUUUUGUGAAGAGAUAAAAUGAAAACACACGACCAAGAAAGUGUAUAUAGAGAAGUUGUUGACAUAGGAGAAUCAUAUAAGAUAGAUAAAUUGGUACUGUACCAGUAGGCAGUUUAUUCAUAAGAAAAUAAAUUAAAUGUUGUGUAAACAUAAUUCAUUAUUGGUAACAUCUGGAUUAGGACUAAUAUUUCGUAAGAGUUAUCAUUUUUAUAGAGCAUUAGUUUGCAACUCGGUGGAAUGGUAAGUGAUCACCUCUAUCAUACAGAACUUAAUUGUCCACUUUUAAUCCACAAAGAAAUGGUGAUAUUAUCAUCACCAGCUUUGUGGUAAUGUUUACUAAAAAUUAAUCAGAUGAGUAGGGUGAGAAUAUGUAUGAUUUGCUAACGAAUUGAUAUUUGGUUUUAGAAAAUGGCUACAGGGUUUCUUAUUGUAUAGUUCAGGGUUAAUUGUCAUCAAAUUAUUCAUCUUUUCAAGGUCUUGAAAAAUUGUUUUAACAUUCUGAUAAACUGAUUCCAGUUCCAAGCGACUCAUGUAUAUACCCUUCAAAGCCUAAGGCUUCAAAACCCAGGUAAUGCUGAAUGUGGUGCUGAUACUAAUCUGAAAAUCACCCACUCACUCAUUGUUAGCCAAUAGCUAUCGCAUUCUCAUUGACACAGCUCCUUUUCACCUCCACAUUUGUCACCUGCUUGUGGAGAUAGGCAUUCUGGAGACUGUAUUCACCUAACUUGUGGAAAUCAUCAAAAACCACCUUGAAAUCAGCUUCCUUGGGCUUUUCUCAGGCUUUAUCUACAUAGCUUUUUAGUUACAAACAGAUAAGUAAGUAUACCAUUCGAUGGAGAAUUGAUCAGAGAAUAUCAGAAUACCAAUAUCUUAAACUCGCAUUAUUGGCACUUACACCUCUCCUCAGAUGAAUCUUCUGUUAUAGACAAGAAAGAUGAUGAUAACUUGAGAAUUUAGUUAUUGUUGUGCAAAUAUGUUGACAGACAUUAUUUUUAUCCAAUGUAGUUUUUAUUUUAGGUUCUCUGUCCAUCAUAUAUUUAAGUGUAAUAACAUAUAUGCUUUUUCCGAAGUUUUAUAUUCACAGAUUUGCCUUAUUGAGUUUCAGUAUAUUUGAAUGAUUUUCAUCAUGUUUUGAUGCCUUAUAACAUGUGGGAACUUGCAUUGCAGUAUUUUAUGGUUGACGUAAUGUGGAAUCUUCCAGGAACAUUAAGUCAACUUCAGAUGUUAAACACUGUUGAAAGAAUAUCCAACAUGUUUUGUCAAGAAUUCUGCACCUUGAUAUGGCUGUCACAUAGUGAAACAUGACCACUUCUGCUGAAAAGAAUGUGUUCCGUGGACUAGAGCUGCCUCAACAAGAAUAUGUAAUUCAGAAGUUAAAAGAAGGGAAUAGCAAAUGACACAAAGGGUACAGGAAGGGAAACAAAUAUAAUAUAGAGUGAAAAAGUCAAUUAGAUGUUUGUGUGUAGGUAGAGAAACAGUGAGACUACUAAGUGAUGCUGCAUUCUGUAGAUGAUCCAAGAAGCAGCAAUAGGACAAAGGGCCUCCAUUAUUUUAAUUCACACAGUAGUGCUUUAAUGGCUGACUGAAACCAAUUGGUUGAUAAGAAAAGUGAACAACUUCUCUAUUCGUCAGGUAUUUUCUUCAUAGAAUCCUGUAAAUAAACUGGGAUAUGUUUUGAGCACCCAUGUAGCAUCACAAAUAAGUUUUUUGAAAACUAAUAUUUCAGUUUUUAUGUUUUACCAAGAAGGACUUAAGUCACUUUAUAGCUUUUGUUGUAUAAUAUAAUUUUUUACAAAUUGUUGUCAGAAAAAUGACAUAAAAGUGUUGAUUUAUAUUUAGUUUCGGAGAUAUUUGAGAAAGAAGCAACAUUUUGUUCCUCAUAAGACAGACACAUUAGUCCUUGUCUGUGAUCUUGUGAAAUGCAUGAUAAUUGUAUCAAUAAAUAUCAAUGCAUAGAGAGUGAGUUAUUAUUGUAAUGCCAGUAGCAGCAACUUAAUAAAAAAAAGGUAUUCAAAUCCUUCAUCAUUUUCAGGAUAUAACUACGCUUGUAAAAUUUUUAUUUUUCUUUACCGUAAUUUCUUAAUGUAACGUACCAGUUAAAUUUUCUCUCGCUGUUUUUCUCAAAAUAGGAUAAACUAUAAAUAAUACUCCCUGGAGAAUACCUGUACACUCUUACACUUUUUAUCAAUAAACCAACUUAUAUAAA